GAAGAGAUAUUAAGAAAAAAAAAACUUGCCAAUUUGCUUCAAAAUCCUUUUAAACAAACAAGAUUUACGAGAACCAGCGACAUUCAAACUAUUAUUAAACUGUUUUCACAAUUUAGCAAGGAAGAAUUAAUUGAAAAAAAUAAAGCGGUAAACAUUGCUGGGAGAAUGAGCAGAAAAAGUAUGUUUUUUGCUGAUUUAACCGACCAAAGCGGAAAGAUUCAAUUAAAAUUUAGCGGCAAAAACAAAGAGUUUGAGGAGUUAGAUAACGGAGAUAUUAUUGGUGUUGUGAGAGGAAUUGUUUGUAGAACUGACAAACAAGAAGAAAGAAAUAUGCAAGAGUUAAGUGUGGAAGUAAAAGAGUUUAUUUUAUUAAGCAAAUGUUUAAGACCCAUCCCCAGUUCCUACUACGGACUUAGUGAUAAUGAGGAAAG